CCCGCCGCCAGUGGCCCGCCCCGAGGACCCGCUUGGGGUGCCGCAUAAGUGAAACUACCGCACCCGGCUCCGCUGCUGCUCCGGAGCGGGGCUCGCUCCGGUCUCUGCGCUCCCUUCUCCCGGCUCUGUCGCCGCUUCUUGUCGGGGCGCAGGUGGUCCCUGCUGCCCAGCCCCUGCUGGCCUCUCUCUGUGCACAGCAGGUCAGGAUGGGGAGGUGCCUGGUACCCCGUCUGCCUGCCCUCCCUGUGUGCCUCGCCGUGGUCCAGCUGCUCAGCCCCUGCUCAGCUGAGUUUGCAGUGGUCGGACCCCCCGAGCCUAUCCUGGCCAUGGUGGGUGAAGACGCAGACCUGCCCUGUCACCUGUCCCCGAAGAUGAGCGCUGAGACCCUGCAGCUGAUGUGGGAGCGACCCAGCCGCAGGCAGGUAGUGCACGUGUACGCACACGGGCAGGAGGACACGCCGGCAGAGCAGUUUCGAGGGAGAACUUCGAUUUCACUAGAGGACGUCACUGCGGGGAAGGCCGCUCUCCGGAUUCGCAACCUCAGCGUCUCUGACAAGGGAACCUACCUGUGUUAUUUCCAAGAUGGAGACUUCUAUGCAAAAGCCCAGGUGGAGCUGCAGGUGGCAGCGCUGGGCUCUGACCCCCACAUUGACAUGACGGGCCACGAGGCUGGAGGGAUCCGUGUGACCUGCACAUCUGCCGGCUGGUACCCGCAGCCCCAGAUCCAGUGGACAGACGCCAGGGGACAGAGUGCCUUCUUCAGGGACACACAGCCUUGGACGGUGUUGCUGCCUGUCCUGGUGCUGGUGCUAUUUAUUGUGGUGGUGGUGUACUUGCUGUUGCGACACUGCAAAAGGAACAAGGUGCCAUCUCAGGAUGAGGAGAGAGAGCACGAGACGCUGCAGGACCAGUUCGGUAAGUCCCCAUCCCCGUCCCUGCACGUCCCCAGUGUGCGCAGCUCAGCCUUUCCGGCGGCAUCUGCUCCCCCCUCUAGAGCCCGGAGCGGCCGUGCUGGGGAAGACCCCACUCUGCUGGCCUAG